AAGGGAAAUCCCUGGAUUUCCAACUGUUUUCUGGUUUUCCUAAGAGAAAGAGGGAUUUUUCUAGUUUUCCUAAAGGGAAUGGGAAUGUCUGUGUUUCCAGAGGGGGAGAGGCUGCUUUCUAGUUCUCCCGAGGGAAGAUUAAAUUCCUGUUUUUCCUGAGGGAGACGCCGAUUCCAGGUUUCUCAGGUGGAAAAGGAGAAUCCUGUUUUUCCCGAGGGAGUGGCUAUUUCCUUGUUUUUCCAAGGGAAAAAGGAAGUUUCUGGUUUUCGAAAAUUCCAAGUUUUUCUGAAGGAAAAGGAAAUUUCUCUUUUUCCUGAAGGAUGGUCCAUUUUCUGACAACUCCUGAGGGAAGAAAAGGAAUUACAGAUUUUCUGGAGGAAGAGGCAGGUUCCUGGUCUUCCUGAGUGAAAAGGAAUUGCCUGGUUUUCCUGGGGAAAAAAGAGGACGCCGGGUCCAUGGCGGAGCGGGAGAGGCCGCGGCGGCUCCUGCGGCUGGUGCAGGAGGGGAGGCUGGAUCUCCUGAGGGACGAGCUGCAUCCAGAGGACAUUCCAGAGGCAAGGAGCCGGCGCUGGGGACGCCUGGGGGACACCCUGCUGCACCACGCGGCGCGGCUGGGACACAGGGACGUGCUGGAAUUCCUGGUGCGGGAGCUCGGCAUGGACGUGGAGGUGGCCAACGGGGACUACAAGAGGCCCAUCCAUGAGGCGGCUUCCAUGGGGCACGGGGAAUGCGUGUCCUUCCUCCUGGAGCGCGGGGCCAGCGUGGACUGCCUGAAGAAGGGCGACUGGACUCCCCUCAUGAUGGCUUGCACCAGGAAAAACCUGGAGGUGAUCAGAUCCCUGGUGGAGCACGGAGCCAACCCGCUGCUGAGGAAUAAGGAUGGCUGGAAUUGCUUCCACAUUGCCAGCAGGGAGGGGCAUCCCGAGGUGCUCCGGUACCUCCUGGAUGUGUCCCCAGGGAUCUGGGACACGGAGAGCACCAUCAGGAGGACACCCCUGCACACGGCAGCCAUGCACGGCUGUUCCCAGGUCGUGGAGCUGCUCCUGGAGCGGUGCCACUACCGACCUGACAGCAGGGACAAGUGUGGAGUCACUCCCUUCAUGGAUGCAAUCCAGAACGGGCACCUCGACAUCGCCCGGAUGCUCCUGGAAAAACACCAGGCGUGUCCCACAGCCAUGGAUGCCCUGGGAGCUCAGGCCCUGCACAGGGCAGCUGUGACAGCCCAGGAUGGAUCCAUCCAGUUCCUGGUGUCCGAGCUGGGGGUGGAUGUCAAUGGAAGAGCCACUUCCCUGCGGAUCCCGGCCCUGCACUACGCGGCCAAGAGGCUAAUUGAUGGCAUUGAAGAAUUCCAGGAUCAGGAAGGACACGGACACACCAUCCUGACGCUGCUGUCCCUCGGCGCCGAUCUCCGGGCUCAGGACGGGAAGAGCCGUUCCGCCCUGCACGCGGCCGUGGCCGGGCAGCAGGCGGAGGCCACGCGGAUCCUGCUCCGUGCCGGGCUCCGGGACACUCCGGAUGGCUCGGGAAUGCUGGCCCAGCAGCUCGCCAGGAAGCCAGAGGUCAUCCAGGUGUUCCAGGAAUCCCAGGUCACCACGUGAGGCACGAGGAACGGGAGGAGCCCGGUGGAUUUUCGGCCGGCGCGGGCUGAACUUCCUCCUGGUGCAGCUCCCGGAGCAUCCAAACAGCUGAGGCUGCAGCUUCCUGCAGGGAAAUAUCCAAGGAAGAUGCCACCUCGUGGGACCUGCCUGGCUCCUGCUGGGACAUUCCCGCACCGUGGACAUCCCGAAGGAGAAGAUCCACCCGGAAUGUUGAGUUUUAUGGCCCUUCAUGGACCUGCUCUCCACUAAAUUCCUUUAACUGCCAUCUCUUUGGACAAGGACAGGGAAUCUUCAAGCUGCAUCAACCUUUUGGGAUCCCAAAGCUGAUCCCAAAUCUUGCUGGAAUCCAUAGUGGGACCUCAGCCUUGCAAUGACAUUGAGGGUCUUUGGAUCGGGCUGAAAAAAAAAGGAGCUGGAAUUGCAAAUUCCAUAGAAACACGGACUGCCCUUGUUUGUGCCUAAUGCCAGGGGGGAAAACCAACAGGAUUCUGCUUUUUUGGGGUAGGAGAGGUGGAAAAUCAGGCAGGGAGUGAGUUGAGUGGUCUUGUUUCUCCAUCUGUGGAGAAGGAGGAGAAAUUCUUCCCCAGGAGGAAAAAGGAAUUGCUGAAGGUGCUGGUGGGUGGUGGGAGCUGGAUCAGUCCCUGGCUGGGCAAGGGAGUGCUUUUAUCCCUAUAAAAAUCCCAAAUCAUUCCAUAAA